AAGAAACUUCUAACCACGUAUAGGCUCACUCCAACGCGCACAUUAGUAAUCCACAACCUUGCUACGCUAAAAUACGCUCGGCUUUCUCGUCACACCUUCCUUGUUCCAUGAAAUUCCUCUCCACUUGAUUGCCAUCAUCAAUGGCUUCUCUUCAGAUUCUCAAAUCCUCCACUUUCCCUCCUCUCCCUAUUUCCCAAUCCAAAAUUUCCAGGAAAUCCACCUGUCUUUUCUCGGAAUUCGAUUCCAGGAAACGGAUUCGGAAUUCUGCGUUUUUCACCAGGAGAAGGCUUAGGGUUUGUUGCGGAGUUCAGGAAGGUGAUAACCAGAGCAAUGGUGAAGAACCUCCUGAGUCAUUGUUUAUGAAGGAAUUAAAGAGAAGGGGCAUGACUCCCACUUCACUGCUUGAGGACAGCAAGAGGGGUGCCUAUGGACUAGAGGAGGAGAUAAAAUUGGAGGAAGAUAUAGGUUUCUCAAAGAGAAAUGCAUACUCCACAGAUUUCGAGGCAAACCUAUCUAAUCAAAGGGAGCGCUCCAUGGCGUUGAACAGUGAAGGCCUUGAGGGCCUGAUUCCACGGGCUAAACUUUUGCUAACAAUUGGAGGAACAUUCUUCUUGGGAUUUGGACCUUUGAUCCUCAUAACUGUUGCAUUCUUCUGUGCUCUGUACUUUUAUUUCGGGCCGACUUUUGUCCAUGAUGGAAGCAAAACACCCAUAAUGCCACCCCAGUAUAUCGAUCCAUAUGAACUUCUGGAAGAUGAAAGGAUUUCUCAGAUAGCACCCCGUGUAAAUUAAAACACCAUCUGCUGAAAACUUCUGGUACAGGUUUCUCUUGCCUACUGCCCUCGGUUCAUGUUUUAUUCUUUACCUGUAUAAAUAUCCCAAACUUUGGUUUGGCUUUAAUUUAGUGUAUUUUACAUCCCCGGUUGGGGUUUUAUGAUCCAACUUUUCUUGAUGAUCCUUUUAAUUUAAA